GAGCCAUAGCCCCCAAUUAUACCUCGCGCAAACGAGGGUAGACCGGAAAUGCGAGAUACCAAACUCUGUCACAAGGCAAACCCCCAUGGUCUUUGGCUAACACCAGAAGGAAAGCGUGCGGCGUAUCUGCAACGAGGCGUGCCGUGCAAUACACUGCCCCUUAACGACACGCCUACAGGAAGACGCGUUCAGAAUUGCCGACUUAACAAUAAAUGUCGUGCCAACGAAUGUAAUUUUCGCGUCGGCUUUGUCGUUUAGGUCUCUAAACGGGCCAGGUGUAGUUUUCUACUCAACGUCACCCAUGUAUCUGCAACCUACAUCCAUUUUAGGAUUCUUGUUCGUCGGCCCGAAUAGAAAUGUAGAUGCAAGCCGUGAUCAUGCCAUUAUGUUAAAAAAAAAUACCCUUGGCAGGUUGUCU